CACUUAGCUUGUGAGGCAACCGCCAUUCUAUCGCCGCGUUCACUAUUUACUGUUAAUUUCAUUGUUUGGAAUUCUUACGGGUCGCGCCAAUUUCUUUUGAUUCCGCAGGAGACUCGGAUUGACACUUCACCGUAAACACGCAAUAUGGCGGCCUCGUUUUACAGUGGCGAUCAGGUUGGAGCAGUGGUAGCCGACGUUGGACAUUAUUCCACCAAGAUUGGUUGGGCCGGUAGUGAUACGCCGAAAAGCUACUUUCGAUCGAAUGUUGCAGUGUCCCGAGAAGAAAGCGAUGGGAACACUAGCGGCAACAGCAACAGUCAACAGGAUGAUCCUUCUCUAGCACAUCACCACAGUAUACAGAAAGCGAAUUACGACUACUUCCACGGUCCUAUUGAUCCCAAAAGCAAGUCGGACGGGACCUAUAAAGUAGUCAAUCCAGUGCAUACCACGACGGGUCUCUGGUACGAUACCGAGCCCAAAGUGGACGGCUCGGACUGGAACGACUUGUUACCUACGUUCCUCACUCACGGCUACAAAGCCUCUUUAAAGGCGGAUCCUUCGGAGCACCCCUUGCUGUUGGUGGAACGCGCAUACAACACUCCCGCCAUUCGACAGCAAACGCUCGAAGUCUUGUUCGAAACCGUCGACGUCCCAGCCACGUUUCUGGGUAAGGAUGCCGUCUUGAGUUGUUACGGCUGCGGACGGACGACGGCUACCGUGGUUGACGUGGGGUCGAGUCAUACCACGGUUACCCCCGUCUUUGAAGGUUUUGCAGAAAAGGCCAACAUCAAGGUCAGUCCGAUCGGGGUACACGCCAUGGACGAACUGAUUCUGCAACAGUUGGACCAAUUGCACAAGUCCCCCAUCCUGCCUCUGUAUCGAUUUCGGCAACCCGAAUUGCAGCGUGGUAAGGAUAUUUACCACGCAGCUCGACUAGCCUUGGCACAGGAAUGCCGGGAACUUGGGGCGGGCGCCGCCAUCAACAUGGCUCCGGCAGCCGCCACGGCAACCUUCCACGCCCCCCACAAAACUUUUUACCUUCCGGACGGGACCGGAGUGGACGUUCCCUCGAAGGUUCGCUUUGCCGUUGCGGAUCUGUUGCUCGGCGAUGAUCCCAUAUCCGUCACGCGACGACAAGAAGCACUACAAGCUCAACAAGCCGAGCUAGACGAAUUGCUCCAAAACGCGGAGGCUCAACCCAGCGACGGCGAUGGAGCCGACGACGAGUUGUAUUCCGAAGCGGCCGCAGUUGGCUUGUCCAAACGACGAACAAAGCGGCGAAGCAAGCCCGCCGCGAAACGUCGAUUUUCCAACCGUCCGCUCCAAAAAGCGUGCGCUCCGCACUGGCAUACCCUCCGCACGCAACUCACGGCGGCACCGCUCGCACAAAUGGUCUGCGACGCCGCCUACCGAUGCGACCGUGAUCAGCAAGGCGCCCUGCUGGGUAACGUGGUAUUGGGUGGGGGCGGAUCGUGUCUGGGACCGACCGAACAAGCCUUUCCGGAAACGCUACGGGAAAAUAUAGAGAGUUUGAUUCAUGUGCACACGCCGGGGUGGAAGGUCAAGCUGUUGGCACCCGCGGUGGCGGAAAGAGCUAUCUUGAGCUGGCUGGGUGGAAGCAUUUUGGGUAGCCUCGGAACAUUUCAUGAUAUGUGGAUUACCAAAGCCGAAUACGAAGAAUGGGGAUCGGCUAUUGUAAAUAGGAAGUGUCCAUAAAUGUACUAGAGCGCUGGAAGACGGCAGGGAAUAAGUUAUGCAGCUAAUAAAUUGUCUUUUUGCUUGUGCC